AUCUCAGGGGAGGCAUGAGGUUCGCUAGGUUGUUCUUCGUCGCCGGCAGCUCCGCGCUGGAGCUCGGCGGCGUGCUGCGCGCUCCGGCACGCGGCGUGGCUCGCUCCGCCGCGCCCCUCAUGGAGGCGCCCAAGACCGUCUUCAUGUUCCCGGGGCAGGGUGCGCAGGCGGUCGGCAUGGGAGUCGAGGCGGCCGAGUCGGUGCCUGCGGCCAAGGAGCUGUACGAUAAGGCGUCCGCGAUCCUGGGGUACGACCUGCUCGAUCGCUGCAAAGUGGGUCCGAAGGAGACGCUCGACACCACCGUCGCCUCCCAGCCGGCCAUCUUUGUGGCGUCGAUGGCGGCGGUCGAGAAGCUGCGCGCCGACGAGGGCGACGCGGCGGUCGACGCGGCGGAUGUGGCGUGCGGGCUGUCGCUGGGCGAGUACACUGCCCUUGCCUUCGCCGGCGCCAUCUCGUUCGAGGACGGCGUCCGCAUCACCAAGGCGCGCGGCGAGGCGAUGCAGGCGGCGAGCGAGGCUUCGGCAUCCGGCAUGGUGUCGGUGAUCGGGCUCGACACGGAGCAGGUCGACGCGCUGUGCAAGGCGGCGUCCGAGGAGACGGGCGAGCAGAUUCAGAUUGCAAACUACCUCUGCCCCGGCAACUACGCGUGCUCGGGCGCCAUGACCGCCGUGGACGCCGUCGUCGCCAAGGCGAAGCCGGACUUCAAGGCGCGGAUGGCGGUCAAGCUGGCCGUGGCGGGCGCCUUCCACACCGACUUCAUGGCCCCGGCGGUGCCGAAGCUCGACGAGGUGCUGGCAGGGAUCGAGGUGUCGCCGCCCCGCAUCCCCGUCAUCUCCAACGUGGACGCCAAGCCGCACUCGGACCCCGCCGAGAUCAAGGAGAUCCUCAAGAAGCAGGUGACGGCGCCGGUGCAGUGGGAGACCAUCAUGACCGACCUCGUGGAGGCCGGCUCGGUCGAGUCCUUCUACGAGCUCGGGCCCGGCAAGGUGCUCGCCGGCAUCAUGAAGCGCAUCCACAAGAAGGCCACCGUCGUCAACGUGGAGGUUUGAGGAGCGGGCUUUCACUAUUUCAGCCGCCUGCCGUGCUGCCAGCGCGGGGCCGCGGGUGCCCGUGCGCGUGGGAAGCAACCCCAGUCGUGUACACGCCGCACUCAAAGCACACGGCAACCCACACCCACACCCACACGAUUUCGUCGUUGGUGGUCGGUGUGGCGGGCGUUGGUUACCUUUUCUACUCCAUGGCGCAUAAUCAUAAUAGUAA